GUUAACAUAUUCUUCACUGAACUUCUACUUCCAAACAGAGAUGAUAUGCUGAUUUCUGGGUGUUCUCACACUUAUUUAGACACUCUUGGACAGAUUUGUACCCACUGAGGAAAAAAACGUAUGCAAACUAAGAUGCAGAAGCUUUUUCUGGAACAGCUUUCCUGUCAGACAGGGCUUAACUGCCACAUGCACAGCAUGGCUUCCUGAAACAAAGGCCUUUUCCAGGACAUUGGCUGCAGAGUAGAAAUGUCUUCUCUAGAAACAGGCUCUCCACUCCUGAAAGUUAUCCUGCUGUCAGCAAGCAUGGACCAAAGAGAAAUUCUGCAGAAGUUCCUGCAUGAGGCCCAAGAUAAGAAAAUUAAGAAAGAGGAGUUUGCCAAUGAAUUUCUGAAGCUGAAAAGGCAAUCUACCAAGUACAAGACAGACAAAAUCUAUCCCACAGCUGUGGCUGAGAUGCCCAAGAAUAUCAAGAAAAACAGAUACAAGGAUAUCUUGCCCUAUGAUCAUAGCCUGGUAGAGCUGUCCCUGAUAACCUCUGAUGAGGAUUCCAGCUACAUCAAUGCCAACUUCAUUAAGGGAGUUUAUGGACCCAAGGCUUAUAUUGCUACCCAGGGUCCUUUGCCUACAACUCUUCUGGACUUCUGGAGGAUGAUUUGGGAAUACAAUGUCCUGAUCAUUGUUAUGGCAUGCAUGGAGUUUGAAAUGGGAAAGAAAAAGUGUGAGCGCUACUGGGCUGAGCCAGGACAGAAGCAACUGCAAGUUGGCCCUUUCUCCGUAUCCUGUGAAGCUGAAAAAAGAAAGUCUGAUUACAUAAUCAGGACUCUAAAAGCCAAGUUCAAUAGUGAAACUCGAACUAUCCACCAAUUUCAUUACAAGAAUUGGCCAGAUCAUGAUGUGCCUUCAUCUACAGACCCUAUUCUUGAGCUCAUCUGGGAUGUGCGUUGUUACCAAGAAGAUGACAGUGUUCCCAUAUGCAUUCACUGCAGUGCCGGCUGUGGAAGAACUGGUGUUAUCUGUGCUGUUGAUUAUACAUGGAUGUUGCUAAAAGAUGGGAUAAUUCCUCAGAACUUCAAUAUUUUUAGUUUGAUCCAGGAAAUGCGGACACAGAGGCCUUCAUUUGUUCAAACUCAGGAACAGUAUGAGCUGGUCUACAGUGCUGUAUUAGAACUAUUUAAGAGACAGAUGGAUAUUUUCAGGGAUAAACACUCUGGAACAGAGAUUCAAGUAAAGUAUUCAGUUCCUGAGCAAAAUUCCACUCUAGAAGCAGACCCUUAUCCUCUUAGCUUACCAAAAAGCUCCAUAAAAGAAGCAACGAUGGUGAACCAACAGAACCAACAAAGGACAAAGGUGGAAAAAGCAGAGGCUUCUUCCUUUGACUUUAAGACUUCUGAAAUAAGUGAAAACGAAGGGUUUGUUUUGCACCCUGCUAAAGCGACCACUUCUUUUGACUUUUUGGAGCUAAACUGUGGUUAUAACAAAAAUGGCGACAGAACCAUGAAAUGGGAGACAAAAGCACUUCCAAUGGCUGGGGAGCCUCUUCAAAAGCAUCAAAGUUUGGACUUGAGUUCCAUUUUGCUUCAGGCAUGUCCUAAUUCAAAACCUAUAAAUACAGCAGGAAGACAUUUUAAUUCAAAGCGGCCAAUAAUACGGACCAAAUCAACUGGCUUUGAACUGAUACAGCAGAGAGAAACAAAAGAGUUGGACAUCAAGGAAAAUUUUUCUUAUUUGGAAUCUCAUCCGUACAAUUCUUGUCCUGUGGAGUUGCAGUCUCAAAAACUGAUGCAUGCUUCAUCAGCAGAACUGAAAAAUUCACUGCCAAGUGACCCUAAGCACCAAGCAUGUGAUGCCUCAAAUGUAAAGCAGCAUGACCCCAGUGAUUUUAGUGUAUAUUCUUACAUGUCUUUGGUAGAAGAUCCCUAUUUUUCACCAUUGCCUUCAGCUAGUGCUGGUUCUAAGAUGUCUCUUGAUUCACCUGAGAAGCAGGAUGGAGCUGUUUUUCCUUCUUCUUUGUUGCCAAAAUCCUCUACAACCCUGUUCUCUUAUUACAAUUCACAUGAUUCUUUAGUACCAAAUCCUCCGACUAAUUUUCCCCCACCGCUGAACCAAGAGACAGUAGUAAUGGCAACUUCUCCAAAGACAGAUGAUGAAAUCCCCCCUCCACUGCCUGAACGGACACCUGAAUCUUUUAUUGUGGUUGAGGAAGCCGGAGAAAUCCGACCGAGUGCUCCCAAGCCCUUAUCUUCAAUUGUGAAGGUAAAAAUGGGAACAUCACUGGAAUGGAGUGGAACAUCUGAAUCAAAGAAAUUUGAUGACUCUGUGAGACUUAGACCAAGCAAGAGUGUAAAACUCCGUAGUCCCAACUCAGAGCUACAUCGAGAUCGUUCUUCUUCCCCACCACCUCCUCUCCCAGAAAGAACCCAGGAGUCCUUCUUUCUUGCUGAUGAAGAUUGUAUGCAGGCCCAAUCUGUAGAAACUUAUUCUACUAGCUAUCCUGACACCAUGGAAAAUUCAACAUCUUCAAAACAGAUAUUGAAUACUCCUGGGAAAAGUUUCACAAGGAGUAGGAGUUUGAAAAUUUUACGGAAUAUGAAAAAAAGUAUCUGUAAUUCUUCCCCACCAAGCAAACCUGCGGAAUCUGUUCAGUCAAAUAACUCCAGCUCCUUUCUGAAUUUUGGAUUUGCAAAUCGUUUUUCAAAACCCAAAGGACCAAGGAAACCACCACCAACUUGGAAUAUUUAAUUCAACUUUGGAUUCAGACAACAGUUACGUGCUUGGCUGCUAACGGAAAGGCUGGCAGUUCAAACCCACCCAACGGGGCUCCACGGGAGAAAAACCUGCUGAUCUAUUUCCGCAUGGAUGACAGUCAAGAAAGUCCUAUGGGUUGGUUCUCCUGUGUCACGUGGAGUUGCUACGAGUUGGAAUUGACUCCAUGGCCCCAUCAAUAACAAGGCUGCAAGUGUAUCUGUAAAUAAAACUACUAGAAUACUGCUGUCUAAAAUAAAUGUGGUCUAUAUUAUUAUCAACAACAAAAACAUGCUAAUAUGUUGAAUAGCUUUUAAAAGAAAAGCAAUAUGGAAACAAAUGCCAGAAGUUUUGCAUUUUCAUCUCAUUUACCCUGGGUUGGAAACAGCAGAUAAAGGUUUGUCACUUGUGCUUAUGCAGAGAAUGCUAUAUUUGAAACACGGUUACAGAGUGGAUUUAUUUUUCAUUUUUGGAAAAAAGUUAUUUUUAUGGAGCCCUCGUGGUGCAGUGGUUAAGACCUCAGGCUG